GCAAGAAGAAAUAGCAGCCGCAUCAACACUACAGCCUCUCUUUCUACCCACAUCUUCCCUCAGAAUGGAUUCUGCUAUUAAGCAUGCUGUGGUAGUGAAAGUUAUGGGACGAACAGGUUCAAGGGGGCAGGUGACUCAGGUUAGAGUCAAGUUUUUGGAUGAUCAAAACCGGUUCAUCAUGAGGAAUGUGAAGGGACCCGUGAGAGAAGGUGAUAUCCUUACCCUUCUUGAGUCUGAGAGAGAAGCUAGGAGGUUGCGAUGAUUUGUCCGAUCAUCUCUCUAGUCAUACUAUCUUCCUCAACAGAUUUUUGGUGACUAGGGUGUGAUUGUUGUUUUAAUGACUAGUUGAAUGGCAAUGUUUUUUGAGUUUUCUAACUUCAUAUUUUAUUAAGUUUGGUAUUAAAGACUUUUAUUUUGAAGAUGUGGUUUAUGUUCAUGGGAUGAUUAGUAAUCAUUUUACUUGUGAAAUUAAAGUGACUUUGGCUUAAAGA